AUAGAAUCAGCAAUAACUUUUAUUAACCUAUUCAGCGCCAUCAGCGGAAAUGUGUUGGUUUGUUGGACAAUUAUAAAAUAUCCACGCCUUAGAAACACCGCAAACAUAUUCAUUGCAUGUUUGUCGCUCUCCGAUGUUCUCUUAGCAGCUCUGGGUUUUCCUCUAACUUUGGCUGUUUUACUAACCGGACGGUGGCCUUUUGACAAACCAGCGUGCACUUUUCAAGGAUUUGUUUUCACCGUAUUCGGCACAUUUUCUCUUCUUAUAGUGACCCCAACAGCAACUGCACGUUAUUUCAAAGUGACUAGGCCGUCAUUACACAAAAAAGUCUACAUCAAGAGGAAUAUUGUCCUAUUUAUAAAAGCAGCAUUCAUUGUAUCAACGAUUUUCCCAACGUCUUUGAUACCAUACAACGGAUUUUCAUUCCAUCCCGGAAAAUUCAUCUGUAUUUAUGACUGCGACAAGGUUAAAGCUCUUGGGUGUAUUUGGAUGGGAAUAUUUUUCACUGCAGCUUGCUACGGCCCAGUCGUGUUCUGUUACAUUUGCAUUUUUUAUUCUGUCCGGCAACAUAACAUACAGUUAAAGAAUUCAAGAGUGGAACGCAACGAAGAAACAAAGACACAGUUAUAUGAGGUGAAAGUUACAAAGUUUCUAUUCACCAUAGUCAAAGCAUUUACGUGUUGCUGGUCUCCAUUUGUUGUCAUCGAUAGCGUCGGUUUCUUUACUGGAAACUAUUGGAUGCCCCGUGAGUCUUACAUGACGUAUACAUACCUAGCUGGUUAUAGCUGCUCUGUCAAUCCCUUAAUAUAUGGAAUAUUUAACCCUCAACUCCGGCGGGAACUUGGUAAAAUAGUGAGGUGUAGGACAAACAGACGAGUGAAUAUCCAACCACAAUUUUAA